AUGAGUCAUCAUUAUUCAAUGCAAUCACAAUUUCUAUCGUCAUCGUCAUCAUCAUCAUCAUCAUCAUCAUUAUUAUUAUUAACAGACAGAUCAAAUAUUACUCAUUCUAAUACUGAUCUAAUUAUGGGAAAUACUGUUCCGUCCUCUUUUCUUGAAAUGAAUUUAACCCAAACAGCAAAUGGUUUAUUAAAUAAUAAUAAUAACAAUAAUAGUAAUAACGAUGUGGAUUUGAAUCGUCAAACUCGUGUAAAUUUAACAGAUGAUAAUUCACAAUGUAAAUCACCAUUAUGGAUACCACCUGUUACACCAUAUACAUUACUUGGUUUAUUAAAACCUCAUUUAACACAAUCUAGUUUACUUGUUAAUAACAAUACAACACAUCAAAUACAACAACAAACAAGUAAUGGAACACUUAUAAAUACAAAAUUAUGUGAAGAUUCAAUAGGACAUCAACCAUUUCAACAACAACAACAACAACAGUCUAAUGUAAAACAAUCACAACAGCAAAUCUCAUCAAUGUCUGCUUAUCUUUCGGAACUUUUGAAUCAAUCUCAAACAUCGAUAACAACAACAACAACGACUAGUGGGAAGAAUUCAGUACAUGCUUUAUAUGAGAAAAUUCUUAUCGGUGAAUUAGAUCAAUUGCAUAAAUCACUGGAACAACGAUGUCUUCUUUCCAACACAUUUGAUUCAAGUCAAUUAAUGACAAUUUCAUGCUCCGAAGACAAUGUUAACAGUGGUGUUAGUGGUCGGGAGAAUACAAACUCCACGAUAAUGACACCAGCAUUACCAGUAACAACAAACCCCUCAUCAUCAUUAUCAUCUACACCAAUAACUGGUUUGAAAAUUGGUAAUAAUCCAACACUAGGAACAAAUUUACCAGCAUUAACAACUGAUCCUGCUAGAGCAUUACUUAUUGCUGGACAAGUAUGUGAUUGGCCAGGUUGUGGAGCUAUUCUUGGUCCAGAUACAUCGUUUAUUGAACACUUGAAUAAGACACAUCAAUUAUCAUUACAAGCCCUUGCUCAAGUUGAAGUAUGUGCAUCAAGGUUAGAAUUGUACUUGAGAACAGUUCGUAAAGAAUCACAACGUUUAAAUGCAAUGGUACGACAUCUAAUCAGUAGAGCGCGUUGUGGUGGUACAACUUUUGAAUGGUCAACUAAUUCAUCAUUAUCAUCAUCAUCAUCAUCAUCAUCAUCAUCAUCAUCAUCAUCAUCAUCAUCAUCAUCAUUAUGUAAUUCAGUUCCUGCAUCAUUUGGAAAUUGUUCAUUAAAUUGUUUUCCUGGAUGUAAUAGCAAUACUAAUAAUAAUAAUCAAACAAUUAAUCAAGUUGGUUCCUUUAAUUGGAAUACAAAUGGACAUUUAGAUUCUACCGUUAAUUCCCUGGCAAAUGGAACAUUGGAAUUGCCGGAUAAGACAGAAUUAGAAUCAAAUUCCGUAUACGAAUCCCAAGUACAAAAUAUUAAUUCAAUCUAUCGUACUGAUAAUCCAAUGCAUUGUAGUCCAGUUUAUAGUAAUACAACAACUACUUCAGAGUCAUGGUGUACAGAUCAAUUAAUUAUACCUGAUUGCACUGCAAUGUCUGUGCUACGUGAUUUACCAUUACAUCAUAGACGUAGUGCAGUACAUUCAUUAACAUCACGUUGGUCUACAUCGAAUCAUCAUUCAACAUUAGAUACAUCUUAUGAUUCAAAUACAUUGAUAAAUCAAAUUCCCAGUAAUAAUAAUGGUAGUAAUAAUACUACUACUAAUAAUAUUAAUAAUUGUAAUUUGCCACCUGCUCUACCCGUAUUUCCAAAUAAUCCAAAUGAUUGUUCAUCAUCCAACAAUAAUAUAGUGGAUAAAUUAACUAUUCCCUCACCAUCUACACCACCGACUUCAUGUCAUCCAGCUUUAAUAGCUAGUGCAGCGGCAGCAUUAUUGUCAAGUGUUUCAAGUUUGCACAAUCAAAUCAUCACCAGUAUGUCAACUCAUCAUCCUGUUCUAACUGGUCAAUUUCAAACUGCAACUGAUCCUCAACUUCCUCAUCAAUCGACAUCAGCGAACGCAGCUGCCGCGGCUAUGGCGGUUGCAGCUGCGGCGGCAGCAGCUUCCGGUUUAUCUAACCCUGCGUCAAUAUCAUGGCUUCCAAGAUCAACUGCCGCUGCGAAUAAUAAUAGUAGCAGUAGUAUUGGUAUCGGUGGCGGCAAUACCACAAAUUUUGAUCCUAAAGAAUUCGAUACAACUGCUGCCGCUGCAGCAGCAGCCGCCGCCGCCGCUGCUGCCGCGGCUGUAGCUGCUUCUAAUCCCGCCUCAGCAAAUGGUGUAUUUUUUGACUCGAAUACCACAACCCCCAUUGUUCCUGCUCCUCCGCCUCCACCUUCCGCCGCUCCUACAGCUGUCGCUGUCACUACUACCACUUCUCAUACAAGCCUCACAUCAUCAUUGUUUGAUAAAGCUGUUAAACAACGUUGGUUCGAUGCAACUAGACAAGACGAAUUGAUGAUAACAACAACACCAACACCACCACCGCUUCCAGCAAUAACUUUAACAUCAACGGCAGUAACAACGGUGACUUCGUUGCCCAUGGCUGCGAUCACCACUACUAUGUCAGUAGUCGGGAAGUCAUCUAAUAGUAAUAAUAAUAGUAGUAAUAGUAUUGGUGCUAGAACAAGAGAUAGAGAACAUCAAAUGAAACCAUCUGUCAAUCAGGAAUCAUCUAUUAUAGAAUUGGAAAGACAAGGUAGAACUAUUGAAAAUUCCGAUAAGUCCACAAUUCACUGUAAUAUACCAGAAGCUAUGGAUUCUGAAAAUUCAUUAGUGAUGACAUGUGAAAAUCUUGCAUACACAUCAUCAUCGUCACAACAACAAACGUCGUUGUCAUCCGCAGUAAUCGUAGUACCGGCAGUAGUAUCAUCAUCAACAGGAACUUCAUCUUUGACAUCGGUGAUGACCACUGCAGCUGUCACAACAAUACCAACUACAACAACAUCACAGACAACAAAGACGACAGCCACGUCAAGUACAAAUGGUACCUCUUCAACUGCAAACAAUAAUAAUAAUAAUACAUCGUUAGCUCAAAGACAAUAUUAUCGAUCACAUUGUGCACGUCCCAGAUUCACUUAUGCUAAUUUAAUACGUCAAGCAAUAUUAGAAUCACCGGGACAACAAUUAUCAUUAAGUGCAAUUUACGUAUGGUUACAACGUGAAUUUGCUUAUUUUCGACAAAAUGAAGCUACAUGGAAAAAUGCUGUAAGGCAUAAUUUAUCAUUACAUAAAUGUUUCCGACGAUUGGAAACCACAUCUGGUUCAGUUUGGGUUGUUGAUGAAAGUGAAUAUCAAAGACGUAAGGCUAAACGAGCAGUACGUUGGUAUCCCAAUAGCACUGGAGGUAAACAUCAAGGUUCCACAAAAUCUACUCGUACUGAUAGUGUAGCCAUAGCUAAUGAAACUGUUUCACCAAAAGUCACAACAGCAUUAGUACCAGGAAUAGUCGAUGCCUCAAUUCCUAUGGAUACUCAAUUAACAACUCCAUUAUCAUCACCAACACAUCCAAUUAUCUCGCAUCAAUCAUUCACUACAGGGGGUGAAUUGAAUAAUCCGUCCAAUUCACCAAAAUCAAAUAUCUCUCCUGAAUUAAGUACAUCAUCAUCAACAUUUCAUACAAUUGGUGCCUCUAGUACAACUCCAUCUCAGUCAUCUCCUCUAUUAUCAGCUUUAUUAUUACCUGGUUUAAAUCAAGAAACUUUUCAGAGUCGUAAUUUAGCCUUGAAUCAAGCUAAUUUUAUGAAAAUAGAAGAAUCUGAAGGAGGAAUGAUCAUUCCACCUGCUGGCAAUUCAACAAUAAUGAUAUCAACUGACAAUAGUCCUACAAAUAAUAAUAAUAUUAAUAAUAAUAAUAAUGCAAUUACUUCAUAUUCAUCAUCAAUAACGUCAUCAUCCUCAUUGUAUACAAAUAUUAUGUCUUGUACAACAAGUCUACUUUCAAACGAUGUUUUCACAACCGACUACAACAACACUUCUAUCAUCACUGAUUCUACUACUGAUGAUAAUGAUAAUAAUAAUAAUGAUAUGAUGAAUGCGAUUCUCAAAGAUUCUCUUCCAACUGUUGCUAUCACUUCUUAUCCAACUGGCGUUGAUGUUGUUCGAGUUGAUGGUAGUAGUGGUGGUACGGAAGGUGGGCAGCUUGACAAAAUGUCGGCUAUUAACAACAACAUCCACAGCAAUAAUAAUGUAGAUUCGUUAAAGUCAGAUAUUGAAAUGGUGAGUGCUUCUGAAUCAGAGAUCAUCUCUAGUGGGAGUAUAAUUAACUCGGAACAAAUCACUGAACAAAAUCGAAUAACAGAAUUACCAGAGAAAUCUUCCACAUCAACAUCAUUAUUACCAAUGUCGACACUGAAUGCAGAAGAUUCAAGUUAUACUACUACUAUUAAUAACAGUAAUAGUAAUGAUAAUGGAUCGGUGAAUGAUAACAUAAUUAAAACAUCUGUAGAUACAAUUCCCAUUAAUAUUAAUAAUACAAACAAAACCGCGAUUGCACUAAUAAACAAUACUAAUGAAGUGAUUACAGUAAUGACAACGGUGGCUACCACUGCUACUAUUACUACUACUACCACUCUAAGCUGUGAUCCAGAUGAGGAUGAUGGUGAGGUGGAGAAUAAUGAUGAUUGUGGUGACGAGACUGUUACUACUACUACUACUCGUAGUAGUAGUAGUAGUAGUAAUAAUAAUAAUAAUAAUAAAAACAGUACAAUAACGAAUUCAAGUUCACGAAAAUGGCCAUCUGUUCGUCUUGUACCUAAUUUAUUACGUCAUCCUACAAAAUAUACAACAAUCUAAUUUUCAGUUUCACUAUGAAUAGAGAGGAAAAGCGAGAGAGAGAGAGGAAUUGACUACAUCAGAUAUGUUACAUCUUUAGAGCUGAUAUUGACAUUGAUCCCAAUUUCUCCACCAUAUUCAUUAUUGAAUCAAUCGUCCGGAUCGAGCAAUCGAAGAAAAAAGAGUAAAUUAUUGUUCAAUCAUGUGCGUAAUGAUAGACUACUAUUGGUAUCUUCAACUUCGAGUGAUAAUUGUCUUUUUUUGUUUUCUUUCAGAAAUAAAUAGUAAUAUUGUACAUAGAUUAUGAUGACUGUAUGCUACUGUUCACGUUCUUCUCUUUUGAAAGUAAAUUAACUGCCUUCCUUUGCCGUCGUCAUCUUAUAUUGUGUUUAUUCGACAAUAUUUGUAAUGUAAUGUUAUUAUUAUUGUAGUGUUGAUAGUAAUAGUUAUGUUGCAUGGAUGUAUCUAUACUUCUAUAUACUACUAAUGGUACUAUCUAGGUACAUUUCAAAUGAACGAUCCUCCUAAGUUGCUGAUAAAAUUUGUUAUUACUACUAAUAAAAAUGAUAGUAGUAAAAUUAGUAUGAGUUAUAAUAUAAGUGGUAUUGGAUCCCCCUGUCUAUGCGCUUGAAUUGUAUUUAUAUUAAUCAUUAGGAAACUCUUAAAUACAAUGUACACUUUCUUCCAAAUACACACACACACAUCACUCCAAGUAGAUAACCAACUUUUAUUUUCACCCCCUGUGGAUAAUAAUAACUUGGACACAUUUAUGAGGAAAUUCUUUGCAGUAAUUAUGAUGGAUUAGUACUAUGUUCUUUCUCCCUCCCUCCCUCUCUCUCUCUCUCUAAUACACACAUACACAGACACAUUUUAAAAUAUCUUCGAAUUAUACGUGGUAAUUAAUGAACAGGUUUUCAUUUUCAAUGUCACAAUGUGAAUUUCUCUUUUGAAAUUUCAUGUAAAUAUUGGUUAUUUCUUGCCAAAGUCUUGACAUUUCUAAUAUAUCUCUUGUAGUUGUGUAACAAGUAUACAAAUUUUCAACUUUAUAAUGACAAGAAAUACCUUUCUCUUCAUAAAUUACAAUCAUACUAUUUGAUCUAUGCUUUUCUUCUCUUUUGGAAAUUAUCCUGCCUCAUUAUUGUGUACAACAAACUAACGGAGUAAACAAUCAGUUUAUCUUCUCAUUCUAAAAACGUCAACUGUAAUUCUUGUUUGUCAUAAUAAUUCCGCCUAUAAUUUCUAGUGUAUGGAUGUAUGUGUGAAUGUAAGUAAGUAAGUAGGUAAGUGUAAUGCCUUUUCACCCCUCCCCCUUCCGACCUCAAAAGAACCACAAGGUGCAUAUCACCAAUUUUUCUACAUCAUCCUCUAAAGCAUUUGUAUUUUUGUCAUGAAAUAAUAAUAAUAAUAAUAAUAAU